AUGAAACAAGAGGCUGACAAAGAAACUCAAAGACUCAGAGCUAAAGUCACCGACGCUGAAGCUAAAUUGGCGGACUCUGGUGCUACUGGAGCUUCUAUUGCUAAAUUGAAAGCGAAAUAUGAAACAGAAUUGGAAGGAAUCGAAACAGAAAAGGAAGAAGCACAAAACGCAGCUGCUAAAGCUAAGAAACAAGCUAAACAGUAUGCUAGAAAGGUUGAAGAGGCUGAGAGAAAGCUUGCAGAAUUCGAACAGAAAGAAUCUACUUUCAACACUCAAAUUGGUAAGACACAAGCCGAUUUGAAGAAGACACAACAAUCAGUCAGAGAUGGCGAAUUGAGAAUUGUUGAGUUGGAAGACAGGUCAGAAAGGCUGGUGAAGAUCUGA